CAUGCCGGGGUUGAAGAGAUACGAAGUGGCGCUGGAGGCAGAAGAGGAGAUCUAUUGGGGCUGUUUUUACUUCUUCCCCUGGUUGCGGAUGUGGCGGAGGGAAAAGAGCGCAGCACCCCCCCAGGGGCAGAAGCUGGAACCCCUUCCCCGCCUAGUGAGCUGCCUGUCCAGGGGCUUGGGCCCCCACCCCUCCAGGCGAAGCAGUCCCCGCCGUCCGGCAGUGCCGCCCCGGGGCACCCAGCAAGCAUCGGUCUAUCGGGCCGGGGCCCAACCGCUCCCCAGCAGUACCGUGGAAAGCAGCAUGAAGGGGAUGGAGCUAAUCCUAAUUCUGACCCUGGUGCUAUUCAACUUCAGCCCCAGGAGAGCACUACCCCUAGACCCCAGCAUCUCAUGCUGCACCCAAGUCUAUCGAAAGAAUCUCCCCAAUAAACUACUACGGAAUGUCAUCCAGGUAGAACUUCAAGAAGCCAAUGGUGACUGUCAUAUACAGGCUUAUGUGCUACACCGAAAUCAUCAUCGAAGACCUGUUUGUGUUCACCCAGACAACCGAUCUCUAGCAAGGUGGUUGUCCCGGGACAAGAUGAGGCAGAAGGAUCAUGGUCCCAGCCCCGGGCUCAACCCAACUCCCUAA